UUGGAGCAGUGUAGGCUUUCUGCAAUCCAACAUGGAGUAGCAGCGCGAGAGGAGAUGGGGCUCUAGCGGGGCCACCCCACGGCGACAACGACGCGCUUUCUCACGCACAACCGGAGCUGCAGUCGUGUCGGUGUCUUCUUUUUUUUUGGAGGACAUUUUGACAAAAAGACACCACCACCUGAGGGAGGAGGAACAAGGGGGAAGUCGGACUACACGUUUACCUGCUGGCUGCUUCACGGCCAUGGACCACUAGGUCCAAGUUGGAGGAUUGGGAAGACGAAGGUGGUGGAAGGAGGAAGAAGUGGGGGUUCGGCAUUUGCAAUCCAAAAGCAGCUGGAGGAGGAGGGGGCGACGGCGGUUCCGCCACACAUACACACACAACUCACAUAAACACACUGCACACACACACACACACACACACAAACACACAAAAAGACUUCCAGCAGGAUUUUUCUUAUGUGGGAUUUAUGGACGAUGACGAGGACAAAGAAUGAAUCCACCGUGCUGCUACGUGACCUAAGGUGAAGAGAGAAAAUGAUAGAAGAAACACACCCUAACGAUGACAGCUACAUCGUGCGUGUGAAAGCGGUGGUGAUGACGCGAGACGACUCGAGUGGGGGCUGGCUGGCCCAGGACGGGGGCGCUCUCAGCAGGGUGGGGGUGUGCCGACUCCGACCCGCCGAGCUACCCCCGCCGCCGCCCUCUGGCAGCUCGCAGUUCCUCAUCCGAGGGGAGCGGCUCCGGGACAAACAGGUGAUCCUGGACUGUCCACUGAGGAAGGACUUGGUGUACACCAUAGCGACGCCCACCUUUCACCACUGGAAGGUGGAGGACCGUAGGUGUGGACUGUCCUUUCAGGGUCCGGCUGAUGCAAGGGCUUUCGACAGGGGGGUGCGGAAAGCCAUUGAGGACCUGGCAGAAGGCUCAACAACCUCCUCUACAGCACUCCAGAACGAAGGCGAGCUGGGCGACGACGACGUUUUCACAAAUGCCACGGACAGCUCGUCCAACUCCUCUCAGAAGCUGGAGAGCUGCCUGCAGCCGCUCGAGUCCUCGCCUCUUCCGCAGAGACACAGGUGCAUGCUGGGAUAUCGUCACAACCUCCAUGACACGUAUCGACUCUCAGACCACUACUUAUUGGACCAGCCUCUGUCUCGGCUUCCCCAUGUCACCUUCCAAGAGGAUGAGGAAAUCGUCCGCAUCAACCCACGUGAGCGCAUCUGGGAGCGAGCCAGCGAUCGUCUGCACAUGCGCCCAUCAGAUCGCUCCUGGCUCACUGGCUACGAGGACUACCGCCACGCCACGGUGCGCGACAAGUUCAUCCAAAUGGAAGACUCUGAAUCCUAUGUGCAUUUUGCCAAAACAGAGGCACAGAAGCACGACUACACCUAUCCCCUGGCGCCGGCCCUAUCGCCCUCAGACUCCGACCCAGCCCUUGGACCCUUCCCUAGUAAGGGCCACGGCGGGUCAUAUCGCCAAGGCUUCUCUGUGGUCUCCACCCAGCCUCGUUCCUUCCUGCCAAGCUCCUCUCCGUCCACCAACGGUGGGAAGGGACGCAAGGAGGAUGGGCUGGAGCGCGCUCACUGUGAGCACUGUGGCGAAGCCUUUUAUAUCUCUGAAAACAGGAGGGGCCGCUGCCAGGAUGCUCCAGACCCUGUGCGAGGGUGCAUCCAGCGAGUCAGCUGCAUGUGGCUGGCCGACACCAUGCUCUACCACUGCAUGUCCGACCCGGAAGGGGACUACUCGGAUCCCUGCACCUGUGAUGGGGGUGAGGGUGGAAGAUUGGGCACCCGCUGGUUAGCCCUGCUGGGCUUGUCCCUGGUGGCACCCUGCCUCUGCCUUUACCCGCCCCUCCACGCUUGCCACCGGGCAGGGCUGGCUUGUGGCUGUUGCGGAGGCCGACACAAGGCCCUGAGCUGAGCCUCCGAGUUCAGAAGCCCUUUGUAGGGACUGAAAAAUCCAUAACCCAACGCAAGCACAGAGGAAGGACGGGGGGGACAAAGAUGGAGGGGCCGUGUCUCUCUCUGCCGCUUUUGUUUCUCUAUAAAAUCCUGAAACUGAAA